AGAUGAAUACCAUUCACAUAAUUUUCUGUAUUUUCUCAUCAAUGCUAAAUAAAAAGAAUAUGUCGCAUGAUCUUCAAAUAUUUUGAAAUAUUUGUUAGAAUGAUCAAUGAACAGAAUGAUGGAAAAUGGCUGCCAUCUACUUAGCCUAGCUUUUUGCGACGUGCGAGUAUUGAAUGUCCGGGUGUUUUAUCGCGUUAUCUGAUUAUUUGAAAUAAAUAACAUAUUUCAAAAGGACACAAAUACAACUGACUUUUAAUCGUGAAAUUGAUUAUGUGUAAAUAAGUUUGUUGGCUAAAAAUUCGAUAAACCACAAGUUAUAAAAACUAACAUGGCGGUCUAAUAAUCAACCAAUGGGAGGCCAGAAUCAAGCGUUUCAGAAUUGCAUGUACCUAUUCACAUUUCGCGUCAUUAGGUUUUUGGUGCCUUCUGUAAAUUAGAUAAAAUUAAUAGAGUUAUCAGUGAAUCGAAAAACUUUUGUAAUUUUGCUAAAAAAAUACCAUGAGAAUUGUUUUGUGACUCGAAACAUCCGUUUUGUUGGAAGCGUCAUUUGAGGCUGAGAUUAUGAAUCCUUUAGAUUUAGGAUGAAGCUAAAUACUAUAAGAAACAACAUUUUGUUUUUGUAAACAAGAAUGUGUUUGCAAUACACGUGCGAAAUUGUGUAUAAUUGACAGUUGUACGCAGAGAUGUCGGGGAGGGGGGCCAAAAAACGCGGGAGACCCCCAAAAUCCGGAACUUUUGAAAAGAAUAGAAAAUUCCAAUAUCAUUUAUUAAAAAAACCUAAAUAUUUACAAGCACAAAACAUAGGUUCGGGUUCAUUAGCAAGCACUCCUUCUGCAUCGAGAGCAUCAUCGCCACAGGGAAGUGAUACAAGCAAACGAAGUACACGAAAACAGAGAGGAGGUAAAUCACAUAAAAGUCGAAGAGGAGGUUUGUCAAAUGCUUAUUCUAGAAGAGGAUAUAACCCUCAGGCGGCAGACUAUCACGAAUCCGAGUACCACUAUGGAUCUGAUUUUGGUGAUGAAUUUAGUGAUAGAUCAGAACCUGAAGAAGAUCGUGUCAGUGAAAGUUCGGAUGGAUCAGUUAGUGAAGGUGCAGCAAGUGAUAGUGACUUUUCUGUUAGCAGUUAUAAUUCUACAGUGGGUACUCCUAGAAAACCUACAAAUAUCAAUAGGCCACCUAGUCCAGAUCCACUCUGGUUACAGCAGGAAAGACAGAUACCCCAUUUAGAUUUACCAUUAUCAUCUGAUGAUUUAAUUAUUCCCCAUAAUACAGUUUUGCAAGUAGUAGGUGUUUAUGAAGUAAUACGGCACUUUAGACACCUUGUCAGGCUUUCUCCAUUUAGAUUAGAGGACCUAUGUGCAGCUGUCAGUUGCGAAGAGCAAAGUAAUUUAUUAACUGAAGUACAUAUAAUGUUGUUACGGGCCUUAUUAAGAGAAGAAGAUGCCCAACAAACUCACUUUGGUCCUUUAGAUCAUAAAGAUAGUGUCAAUAUAACAUUGUUUCUGCUAGAUGUUAUGACUUGGCCUGAAGUUUUACGAGUGUAUGUGGAUAGUGAUAAAACAUUUGAUAAAAACAUUUCUAGGAUUUUGAAUUCUUGUGAAUAUCCAUUUACAACAGUAGAAGACCGACUUUCAGUUCUACAAUUUUUAUGUAACCAAUUUUUAAUAACCAACCCAGUACGUGAUGAUUUAAUAAGUGAAGUUCCUAUACAUUAUGAUGACCAUUGUCGGGUGUGUCACCGUUUAGGUGACUUAUUGUGUUGUGAAACCUGCCCUGCUGUUUACCAUUUGGAAUGUGUGGAUCCACCCUUAGACGAUGUGCCAUCAGAAGAUUGGCAAUGUGCUUUAUGUAAACAACAUAAAACUGUUGGUGUUACAGACUGUUUAUCAGAUGCUGAAAAACAGGGAAUAUUGUGUCGUCAUGAGCAUUUAGGUUUUGAUAGACAUGGUAGAAAAUAUUGGUUUAUUGCAAGAAGAAUUUUCAUAGAGGCUGAAAAUGGGGAUGUAUGGUACUACACAACGGCUCAGCAGUUUCAGGAAUUGCUUGAUGUGUUAGACAGUAAAGAGAUGGAAGCACCCCUUGUUCGUGAACUUUUAGAAAUGAAAGAUGAGAUACUUCGUCAAAUGGACAUUACAGAAAAAUUGACAAAUCAACUCAAAGGCAACCGGAAAUCUUAUAUAGAAGUACAGAAUACUAAUAUAAUUAAACAAAGGAAACAAAAAGAUCAAGGACCCAAUGAUGAUGAAAGACAUCCAGAUAUGUCACUCAUGUCCGAUGGAGAUAUAGUGAAUGAAGUUACUGUUACUAGUGAUGAACCUGAAAGAAAUGAUGAUGAUGAUUCUAAUGAUGAUGAAAAUAAAGUAAAGAGCAAUAGCAGAGCUAGAAUAGUAAAGAAAAAUGAUGAAGUGACUGAAAGAUUAACACGACAGAAGACUAACCAAAUAUCAAAUGGGACCUACUUAUUUAAACUUGGCAAUGAAAAUGCAUUUAAAACGUAUAUAAAUCAAUAUACAACAAAUCCCUUGGCUCUAAACAAACCACAAAGAAACGAAGAAAGGGAUAAAAAACGUUAUAUAUCACAUAAGUUUUCUUUAUCAUCAGGUCAAGAAUUUAAAUGGAUUGGUUUAUUAAAUGCAACUAAGCCAUUGCUUGUGGCAACACUACGGCAGACAUUACUGCAUUUAGAGUCAAACAUAGUAUUACAAUUCAUGCAUCCCAAUUGGAGCCUACUUAGAAAGCCAUGGGUGCAAGCAGUACAACUAUGUCAAGCACCUAGGGACUUUGCUAGAGCUCUUUGUGUACUCCAGGCAUGUAUAAAAAGUGCAGUUUGGGUACCAGCCUGGCAUGAACAGCUAGGACAUGUUCGUUUAAUGCGAACAACUGCUGUUGAGCGCGAAGAAAGGAAAAAGCUAGAUAAAAGAGAGAAAAAAGAAAGAGACGAGGAAGAAGAAAGAUACCGAACAGCUUAUAAUUUUGUGAAAUACUCACUAGGUCUUCAUCAUCAGGUUUGGAAGCAAAAAGGUGAAGAGUAUAGAAUUCAUGGACAGUGGGGUUGGUUAUGGAAUUCCACAACAAGAAAAUUUAAAAAAAGAUUCACAAAUGUGAAAUUGUCUCUGAGUCAUGGACCUGCAAAGAUAGCAGUUAGAGUACGAGAAGGCAGCAUCAUAAAAGUUCUUGCUGUUGAACCUAAAACAUAUGAAUAUUUGACGUCAGAUGGCUCUGCAGAUCAAGAUGUUUUGGCAAAAUUGCCACCUUCAAUGAGAAACAUGACCUUAGAGAAAGAUACAGAGGAUUUUGAAGAGAUUGAUGUUGAGAAAGCUUUAAGUUCAUCAACACGACGAUAUUACCCUAAAAUUGCUAGAAAAUCCAAACUAGAUGAUUUUCUAGCUAGACGUACAUAUUUGAAAUUUAUGGAGGAAAAGAAAAUAGGAAAUUUAUUAAAUAAUGUAAAAAAGGAAGAAAUUGAUGUUAAAAGUGAAGAAGACAAAAAUAUAGACAUUGAAAAUGAAGAUGCAGAAGCUGAUAGUUCUGCAAUUUGUAAUAUCAAUCAAACUAAAAACGAAUCAAAUACAAUGAGUACCGAUAUAGAUAUAUUGAGAGAAAAAUAUUUAAAAUUAAAUACACUAACAAAACAGUAUAAAUGCUAUUCUUCUGAAUGUAACAAAGUAGAAUCAUCUGUCAAUAAUGCUGAUCUGAAGUAUAAGUGCUUUUCACCAUUGUGUAUGGAAAAAGGAAAUUUACUAAAUAAUUUAUUGACAUUGCUUAAAAGUGGCUCUGGCAACAAUGCAAGUUUAAAUUCAAAAGAAAACAAUAAAAUGUCUAUUUUGGAACAAUAUUUGUUAGGCAAAAGUUCAAAUUCUAACGAGAAUAUUUUAACUGAUUUACUUUCGGCAGUUGCUUGUGCUCAGGAGUGUGAUAAUAAAAAUACAGACUGUUAUGUUAAAAGAAAGUCUAGUGAUGAUUUCGAUAUACCUGCCAAAGUAGAGAAAAGUGAAAAUGAGAAUAAUAGCUGCCUAUUAAAGAGUGAAAAUACGUUGGAGGAAUGUGCUGUUCCUGCUGUUGGCAAUGAGAUGGACAUUGACAUUGGUAACAAUAAUGUUGAUGAUGAUGAGGUUGAAAUUGGACCACUUAAAGAGCUUACUGAUACUGAUGGUCAAAAUGCAGAGAAUGAUGAAGAAAAGUCACGUCCUCCAAUUCCCAAGCUUAAAAUUACGCGUGGAAAAUUCGCUAAACAGAAUAAAGAAGCGAAAAAUUACGAAUGUUCAGUGAAACCAGAAAAAAGUGCAGAUGUGCCCAAGUAUCGUGCUGCCAUAAAUAGGAGAUUUGGAACUAAAGGUGUAAAAAAGGAAGAAAAAACAAUUAAGGAAGAGAAAACGGAAAGUGGAAUAAUUCGAGUAUAUUCUACAGAAAAACCUAAUGGAAAAUUAUAUUUGAAGAAAGUCCAAACUGCAGCUAUAGAAAAAAAGAAGAAAAGAACUCCAGUAAAAUAUCCACCAUGUUCUUCAUUCCACACUAAAAGUAAAGCAAAAACUAUUAUGGUUUUGCCAAACCAUGAAUUAAGAAAGUUGUGUAGACAAGGAGGUCAUACUACAGUUACUGGAUUUAGUCAUAGUGCCAAGCCUAAUCAAUUGGUAUGGCCAUACCCUUGUGCUAGACCUCUUUUUAAAACAUGUUGGCUUUAUAGAACUGUUAAUCUGCAAUGGCUCGCAAGUGCGGCUUUACAAUUGAGAGUGAUGUGGGCAUGUUUAAGAUGGGAUGAUAUGGCAGCUAAACCAGCUACUGCAGAUGGCAAGCAUCAACUCACAACAGAUACUGAAAUUGUUUCACUAGAGCUUUUAAAACACCGACAUAUAGGCCAAUUUUCUGAAAGAACACAAUAUUUAAGGCGACGUGUUGUUAUUCCUUUGGAACUGCCGAAAACUGUUCGUGAAGUAACAUCAAUACGUAGUGGUUUACGGAAGCGAAAGCGUGCUGAAUCUCCACAAAACACUGAACCACAGGUAACUGAGGAAUGGGUUGAUGAAGAUAAAUUAGAACUUUGGGAGGUUCGACAAUAUGGGGAAAGAGCUGAGCGAGUAACGCCAGUAACGCGAACAUCGACAGGAAAGUUACCACAGCGAAAUGCUGCCCCUACACCAGCCAAUGCAUCUGACAUAAAAGAUAAAAUGGAACAGCAGCUUCGUGAACAGCGUGCUGCACAUCAACAAAAACGAGCCCUGGAAAUGUCACAAGAUAAAUCAAAAGGCACACCAAAUUCUGGCAAAAAUACUCUCUCUACAUUGUUAACUUCAAAUACACCUACUUCUGGGGGACAAAAAACUGUAAUUGGAACGAGAAGAAUCAUAAUGACAAAGGGGGCAGAUGGAACAACUCGUGUUAUUAGUCAACCCAUCACUGGCGUUAAGUUAUCUGGUGAAACUCCAUCUAAAGGGACACCACAAAAGGAGUCUACGCCGCAAAAAGUUCAAAUAAUUCGAGGUCCAGACGGGAAAGUCACUGUUAGGGGUCUUCUGCCGGGACAGCAAUUAGUUCAAAUGUCAGAUGGCAAACUGCACGUUAUGAUGGCCGGACAACAGGGGAUCGCGGGCCAGUUAAUUGCGGCAUCACCCUUUAAAUCUGAGGCAGAUAAAUGUCAAAAUGCCAACAACGACAAGACUUCUAACGCGGCGAACCCAGAAGAAAUCAAAUCCGGUACACCUCGCCUUACGGUACAAGCUUCGCAGCAAUCGUCGCCCGCCGGAAGGCACAUCGUAGUGCAGCCGGCUCAGCAAGUCGUCGUGCAGACCUCGCAGCAGGCCGUCGCACAGCCUUCGCAGCAGCUAAUGGUGCAGCCGGCGCAGCAGAUAGUCGUGCAGGCGGGCACGCGCGUUGCGGGUCAACCGCGCAUGCAGACCGUGCUCGUGCAGCGCGCGGCCACGCAGCUGCGACCCGCGUCGCCGGCGCCGCGAGCGCAGACGCCACGCCCUCGCGCGCCCGCCACGCAGCAGAUAGUCGUCAACAAUCCGGCGCUCGUCCAACAGCUGGCGGCCGGGAAGAUUCAUUUGGCGACCGUGAACGGCCAGCAAGUUCUCAUCCGUCCGACGGGCAACAACCAAGCUCAAAUCGUGGCGCACAUCGGGCAGAGCCCAGCGCCCGCCGCGACGCAGGCCGCGGCGCCCCCGGCCGCGCUGGCGCCCCCGCCGCUCGCCCCCGCGCCGGCGCCCUCGCCCGCGCCCGCGCCCUCCGCGCGCCCGCCGCCCUUGGCGCCCGCCUCCGCCCCGCCGCAGCAGCAACUCACCGAAGAUCAAAUCAUGGAGAAGAGGUUAUUAGCUGGCCAACCGCCCGGCACCGUUAUCAAAACUGUCACGGCUCAGGUUAUGCAAACUAGUAGUGGUCCUAGUAUAGUUCUGCAAGGACUUCACGGUUAUUCUUUAACACCUCAACAACUCGGUUUAGUUCAGCAUCAGGUGAAGCAACAGCUUCUAAAAGCUCAAGAAUCCACUGGUAAGCAAGGCAUGUUGGGACCUCGGAAGAUGUACUUAGCGGUGCAGCCUGCCCCCGGCACUCAACCGCUCCAGACUAUUCAAUCUCUCCCUAUACCCACUCCUGCGCAACAGGACUCAAAUGAUGAAGAUAAAUUAAAGCGCCAAUCCUUAGUGAAUGGCGAAGAUAAUGUCGCAGUGGCCGCUACUAAUAAAGAGGCUAUACCGUCAAAGCCCGAAGAUAUACCUGGAAAUAACACUAAAACAGACAUUGUUAAUUCUGGUCACGAUGAAGCCCAAAAUAAAAAGUUCAUUUUGACUCCUGACUAUAUUCAACAGACGAUCAAAAGUGCCUUAAAACAGGAGAAUCUAAAUCCAGAAAUCGAGGAGAAACUUCUUCAGCUCCAGCGGUACCAGGAGAAACAGAUGAAGCCGGAGGUUCACGUGGAGCGCGAGCCGCGCGUGGUGCCCGUGGCCGCGCGCUCGCCCUCGCCGCCGCCGCCGCGCCGCCGCGGCCUGUCGCGCCUCGACGAUGACGACGAGUGGGUGGAGAGCAGCCCGCGCAAGCGCUCGCGCCGCCCGCUGUCGCCCGCGCCGCCGCCCGCCGCGCCGCCCCCGCCCGCGCCCCCCCGCGCCGCGCCGCGCCUGGCCCCCGCGCCGCCCGCCCCCGCGCCCGCGCCCGCGCCCUCCCCCGCCGCGCCCGCCCCUUCGCCGCGCGCGCCGCCCGCCGCCGCGCACUCCGCCGCGGAGGAGCGCCGCCGGGCCGCCUCCACCAACUCGCGCCUACAGAUGAUCCUGUUCAAACAUAAAGAGAUGCUCAAAAAGGAUAUAAUCAAAAAGCGAGGUCUGCUCGAAAAGGAACUCGGUGUAGAAAUUCAGAAAGAAUUAUCGGCGGAAUUGGCGUUAAGAACGCGCGCCGAGCGCAGUAAACAAGAGGAGGUGCGAGGAAAGCGACGCACCACGUCCGUCAGUCGAGAAGCGACCCCGAGGAACAAUAAAAAAUCCAACAAGAAAGAGAAGCUUUUGUGCAUAUGUCGAACGCCUUAUGAUAAUACUAAAUUCUAUGUUGGAUGUGAACACUGCAGCAAUUGGUUCCAUGGGGACUGUGUUGGUGUAACGGAAGAAAUGAGUAAGACUAUGGAGGAGUAUGUGUGCUCCGAUUGUAGGCGUGCAGAAGAAACCCAGGAACUUUAUUGUUUAUGUCGACAACCUUAUGAUAAUUCUCAAUUUUACAUUUGCUGUGAUCGAUGUCAAGACUGGUUCCACGGCAGAUGUGUUGGUAUUCUGCAGUCAGAAGCUGACAAUAUUGACGAAUAUAUUUGUCCGAAUUGUCAGAAAAAUAACUCGGUUAAUUAUGCCAAUAUGAAGGAACUUACUCCCAAAGAUUAUGAAAAUUUGAAGAGACUUGUAAAACAAAUACAGCUGCAUAAAAAUGCUUGGCCUUUUAUGGAACCCGUAGACCCAAGAGAAGCUCCUACGUAUUAUAAGAUUAUAAAAGAACCAAUGGAUCUGCAGACAGUGGAAAGGAAAGUGAUUGAUCAAACAUACAGUACUUUGAGUGAAUUUAUUGGUGAUAUGACUAAAAUAUUUGACAAUUGUCGAUAUUUUAACCCUAAGGACUCAGAAUUUUAUCGUUGUGCCGAAAGUCUUGAAGCAUUUUUUGCACAAAAAAUUAAAUACUUUCGUGAAAAGUUAUUUGAUUCCACGCAAUGAUGAAGUGCCAGUGUGAAUUGAAAUCACAUAAUUGUGUACAAGUUUGUUGAUUGUAAUGGUUUGUUAAGAAAGUUGUAUUUCUAUUAUUUCAUUAUUAUUCUUUAUGGACUGUAACAUCUGUAAAUUGUAACAUUGAUGAAUUUUAUGAGGAAUAAUAAUAAUAAUUUGUAUAAAUAAUCGCUUUAAGAUAUCUAUCCAUGAUGUCAGCUUAAUUUCAUGGUUAAGUAUUUAUUGUAUUUAUUGAUGCUUUACUGAUCCCACUUUGUAAGCUGACACUCAGAGCUCUUCUCAGAAGAAUAAUAUUAUGUAUACAUUUUUGUGAAAAGAAUUAUUAUGUUAGCUGAUGACUUAACGACUUGAGUUACUUCGGUAGUGCUUAGGAUAGGUAAACCUUAUUGUAUGUAAGAAAUAAAUUUUUAAUAAUAUACAGAA